CCUGCUCUCAAACACAGCCAGCUCCACUCUGUCCACGUGUUUCCUGGUUCCCUCCCCUUCAGAUCAGAGCUCAGACCAGUUUCACUUAUGAGGAAGUGAAACUCAGACAGUCGUUGUGACUGAGAGGUGAAAUGGCGCAGAAAGGAGCUCAGCUGGAUCGAGAAGUCUUCUCUUGUCCGAUCUGUCUGGAUCUACUGAAGGAUCCGGUGACUACUACAUGUGGACACAGCUACUGUAUGAAGUGUAUUAAAAGCUUCUGGGAUGAAGAGGAUGAGAAGGAAACCCACAGCUGCCCUCAGUGCAGACAGACGUUCACACCGAGGCCUGUCCUGCUGAAAAACACCAUGUUAGCAGUUGUAGUGGAUGAGCUGAAGAAGACUGGACUCCCAGCUGCUCCUGCUGAUCUCUGCUAUGCUGGAGCUGAAGAUGUGGCCUGUGAUGUCUGCACUGGGAGAAAACUGAAAGCCCUCAAGUCCUGUCUCACCUGUAUGGUACCUUAUUGUGAGAAACACCUUCAGCCUCAUUAUGAUUCAGCUCUGUUAUCAAAACACAAGCUGGUGGAGCCCUCCAAGAAGCUCCAGGAGAACGUCUGCUCUCGUCAUGAUGAGGUGAUGAAGAUGUUCUGUCGUACAGAUCAGAAGUCUAUCUGUUAUCUCUGCUCUGUGGAUGAACAUAAAGGCCACGACACGGUCUCAGCUGCAGCAGAGCGGACGGAGAAGCAGAAAGAGCUGGAGGUGAGUCGACAAAACAUCCAGCAGAGAAUCCAGGACAGAGAGAAAGAUGUGAAGCUGCUUCAACAGGAGGUGCAGAACAUCAAUCGCUCCGCUGAUAAAACAGUGGAGGACGGCGAGAAGAUCUUCAGCGAGCUGAUCCGUCUCUUGGAGAAAAGAAGCUCCGAGGUGAAGCAGCAGGUCAGAUCCCAGCAGGACACCCAAGUGAGUCGAGUCAAAGAGCUUGAGGAGAAGCUGCAGCAGGAGAUCGCUGAGCUGAAGAGGAAAGACGCUGAGCUGAAGAAACUCUCACACACAGAGGAUCACAACCAGUUUCUGCACAGCUACCCCUCACUGUCAGCACUCAGUGAGUCCACAUCCAGCAUGGAGAUCCGUCCUCUGCGCUACUUUGAGGACGUGACAGCGGCUGUGUCAGAAGUCAGAGACAAACUACAGGACGUCCUGAGAGAGGAAUGGACAAAGCUCUCACUGACAGUGACUGAAGUGGAUGUUUUACUGUCAGAUUCACCAGCAGAGCCCACGACCAGAGCUGGAUUCUUAAGAUAUUCAUGUGAGAUCACACUGGAUCCAAACACAGCACACACAAAGCUGUUAUUAUCUGAGGGGGACAGAAAAGCAACAUUAAUGAGUAAUCAACAGUCCUAUCCAAGUCACCCAGACAGAUUCACUCAUUAUCAGCAGGUCCUGAGUAGAGAGAGUCUGACUGGACGUUGUUACUGGGAGGUGGAGUGGAGAGGGGGUGGAGUUUGGGUAGCAGCUUCAUACAAGAAUAUCAUCAGAGGGGGGCCGACUGACUCUGCAUUUGGAUACAAUGACAAAUCUUGGUCAUUACAAUGUUACGACAACAAAUAUACAUUUUUGUACAACAACAUCGACACUCCCGUCUCAGGUCCUUGGUCCUCCAGAGUCGGAGUGUACCUGGAUCACAGAGCAGGUAUUCUGUCCUUCUACAGCGUCUCUGAAACCAUGACUCUCCUCCACAGAGUCCAGACCACAUUCACUCAGCCUCUCUAUGCUGGACUUUGGCUUUGUUUCAGUGUUGGAGCCACUGCUGAGUUCAGUAAACUCAAAUAACCAACAAGUCACUUGAGGGACAGCAGGUUAAAAUGUCUUUUAACUCUUAAAGCUUCCAUAUUGUUCACAUUUGUGGUGUUUUAUUUGAAGUUUUGACAUCUAUAAGAAGAUAUAUUUGUAGUUUUUAUUUGCUAAAAACCAUCUGAGUUCAGUUGUUCAUCUGCUCUCUCAGCCUCCCUCUGCAGCUCCAGCAGCUCAGAUCAUUUUGGGCCUGUCUUAUUAAUAUUAGCAACCCUUUCUUCUGAUUGGCUGACAGUCUUGUGUGACACACGGCCAGGCUAACCACAGUAAACAGUUUGCAGCCCCGGUAAAACUCGAUGGCCACCGCUGAGGAAAAUGUUCUCAGACUUUACAUGUUAGAGCUGGAGUCAGAGCCUGAAUCCCAGAUGAUGCUUCCCUCUGACUCAAACAUGAAAUAUAUUACUGGUUCACUUACGGGUUGCAGAUUUAGAGUCGGACACAAUAAUGUGGAGACGGCCGUAUCCUAUAUGAGCAGCUUCUUUGAGUGACGGCUUUUUAUUGUGCCAAUUUAGGAAUCAGUCAGCGUGUAAAGAGUCAGACAGACGGCUGAAUUCUGACUAAAUUUAUGAUAUUGGAAAUUAAGAUUUGUGUAAUGAUAUAUAUUAUAUUCCUGAGAUUCAAUGAUUGAGCAUUUUAAUAUUUCAUCAUUAUUUUUCAUUGCAACUUAACUCAUGUUUUCUACAAUAUGGGACCUUUAAACUGAUUUCUCUCCAUGUUUGUUGCUGAGAACUCAUUGUUGUGGCAUUUCUUCUCUGCAGAGAUCAGCUGUCAAUCAAACAUUAUGGGCGGUGCUUUGACAUCUGCUCAUUAGUUGUUCUGUAAAUGUUUGACUUUCCUUCCUGUGUCUGUUGAGCCAUGGAGGCUUUCACUGCUCAUGAUGACUGUUGUUCACCUCAACUCAUAUUUCUCUGCAAGAAAAUGUAAAUUUCUCUGAGCUCCGAAUGUUUGUUGAAUAUUUGUAUGUUGUUGUUUUUCUUUUCCUGCAUGGCUCUGAAGAGAGAAAGCUCACAUAAUUACGUCUACAUUUAUUUGUUCGUUAAAACAAAUGUUGUUGUACAAAUGAGGCUCUAUGAUGUAUUUUAAAACUAUAAUUAUCAUGUUCAUAAUCAAUCAGGAAAUCAUUCAUUAUUCUCUUGUAUAUCUCUGAGAUUCUGGUCAAACUAAUUGAUUGUGUGGAUGAAGUGAAUCUGUUCAUGAAAUCACUGAACAACAAUCAUUUAAGAGACUUUACUGAUUGGAUGUGUCAACAAACUGAUUUAAUAAGUAAUAAAAAAACAAAAACAAAGUAUUUUCUUCUUGUCUUAAUUCCAGGGUUUCAUACAAAGCUGAUGGAGAAAUGAUGACACUAAUAUGAGAGUAUAACUGAGGCUGUUCUCCUCCUGAAACAACACAAAGUUCACCGUUCAUGUUGAGAGCAGAAGAACAUUUGUCAGUCUGUCUCUGACCUUUCAACUUUCCUCACUAAAACAGCUUUUGUCACAGAGAAAUGAGCAGAGUUUUC